AUGCCCCCCAAACCAGCCCCCUACCUCCCCCUACUCUCAUCCCACCUAACCUCCUCCCCCACCUCCACCUCUAUCUCCCUAACCACCCUCUCAACCCACCCCAUCACUCGCACCCCACAGCCUCGUUCCCGCACCGUGGAAUUUCGCGGCUUCUUCCCAACCUUAAACCUACACUCCUCCGCCAUCCAGUCCCUCAAGGAUCAGCACAUAGGCCUGAACCCCGAUAUCUACGAGUCGGAGAUGAUUGCCCUCACGACGGAUAAGCGGAUGGAGAAGGUGCAGGAGAUGGAGAGCUCGGCGGGUGUAGUUGAGGCGGUGUUUUGGUUGAAGGAGGUGGGGAAUCAGUGGAGGGUUAGGGGGAGGGGGGUUAUCAUUGGAGGGGAUCCGGAGGAUCAGGGGGAGAGGGAGGGGAGGGGGUUUAUUGAGAAGGGAUUGAGGAGGAAGGAGGAUGGAGGUAACGGGGAGGGUGAUGGGGAGUGGAGCUGGGAGAGGCAGAUUGAUAUGUAUUUUGCGAAUCAUUCGCCGGGGAUGCGAGGAACGUUUAAGAAUCCACCUCCUGGUACGCUGCGGAGUCAGGAUCCCGGGAACCCCGAGCUCAAGCUGGGUCAGAAGGUAGAGGACCUUAAGGAUAAGGUUGCGAGGGAGAAUUUCAGGGUCGUGGUGAUUCGGCCUGAGGAGGUCGAGAGGCUGGAUGUCAAUGAUCCUUCGAAUCCGAUUCGGACGAGGUGGACGGCUGUGAGGGAUGGGGAGGAAUGGGAGGAGGUGGAUUUGUGGCCUUGA